AUGACAGGGAGCAUCAGUAGUGAUAAAGGUGAUCUUAAAAUAUUUGGUGAGAAAUGCGUUUCUGGAUUCAGCUCAUUGCAACAACAUUUAGGAAUUUGUUACCAAGAAAACAUUUUGUUUGAAAGAUUGAAUGUUUACAAGCACCUUGAAUUCUUUGCAACAAUAAGAGGCGUCGAAAAUACUAAACUGAAAGAAGUUAUUGAUCAUAGCUUGAGUAACUUCCGAUUAGAAGGACUCGAAAACAUGAAAGCAGCAACAUUGAGUGGCGGCCAAAAGAGAAAACUUUGUACUGCAAUCGCUUUCAUUGGAAAUCCAAAGCUGGUCAUUUUGGAUGAGCCAACAGCUUGA